UUUUGUCUUAAAAAGAGGUCAUAUGGCCUAGGCACUACAUAAGUAAAUCAAAAAUAGAAUUGAAAGUGUUGUUUCUGUCGUUGGUGAAGGAUCUGCAAAAAUGAGUGCGUCCGAGGAGAUGAAUUCGAGUGAGGAAAUAAGAAUGCCACAGAAAAAGUACUAUAGACAGAGAGCUCAUUCAAAUCCACUGUCUGUCCACGCACUUGAAUUCCCAUUGUGUCCAGAAAAUAUGGAUUGGGGAAAAUACUACCCACACUAUUUUACUGAUAAAAAUAGCUUAGCUGAUGAACCAGUUCUAAAAAGGUUAAAGACAAGUGAAAAAAGAGUAGAAUUUGCUGAUAUUGGCUGUGGUUAUGGUGGACUACUAGUUGACUUAGCAACAAUGUUUCCAGACACUUUGAUGCUGGGAAUGGAAAUACGUGUUAAGGUCAGUGAAUAUGUUAAAAAGAAGAUUGAAGCACUUCGUCUACAGAACGCUGGUCAAUAUCAAAAUGUUGCUUGUAUCAGAGGAAAUGCAAUGAAGCAUCUGCCAAAUUUUUUUCAUAAGGGACAGCUGAAGAAAAUGUUCUUUUUGUUUCCUGAUCCACAUUUUAAGAAGAAGAAAAAUAAAUGGCGAAUUAUCAGCCCGUCACUACUUGCAAUUUAUGCAUAUACAUUGGAUAUUGGGGCAAAAGUUUAUACCAUAACGGAUGUUGAAGAACUACACAUCUGGAUGAAGGAACAUUUUAAUGAUCACCCGUUGUUCCGGGAAUUGGAAAAAGAAGAAUAUAAAGAUGAUCCAGUCGUCGAUAAAGUGUAUAACAGCACAGAAGAAGGGAAAAAAGUUGCAAGAAAUAAAGGAAACAAAUACUUUGCCAUGUUUGAACGCAUCGAAGAUCCUUUUGAAAAACAAAGAGAUUCAACUGUUUUAGAUGAAACGAAAUCAUAGUUUUAUGCCUUUUCAUAUCUUCGUCCUUUUUGUCUAUUGAAUCUUUUAUGUAUACAAAAUAUUUUUUGUUUCGAUUGCCGAGAUUUUAUUUUAACAUUGUUGGGGGUAAUACCAGAUUCUUGGUCUUGCUAUCUAUCUGGUAUGUUUCGUCUUUAUUAUUUGAUGAAAAUUAGGGACAAUU